CCCGACUUGGAUCUCGUUAUUAGCUAAACAAACUUUUAGUGUUAAUCUUCCUCUAUUGGACCGUUCAAACCGACAGCUCAACAAUGCGUUUGUUUGUACUCCCUUGUCUCGCCUUGUGCGUGGCACUUGUCAAUUGCGCGCCGGCCGCUGAAAAAGCAGCCGAUACUGCUGCUGCUGCUGCUGCUGCAGCGCCAAGUGAGAAAGAUGCAGCCGAAGCCAAGGACGAUAGUAAAACCGUCGAGAAACGUGGUCUUCAUCUAGGCGAUUAUGGACAUCAUCAUGAACAUCAUGAACACAUUAAGACCAUAACGAUUGAGAAGAAAGUUCCUGUGCCUUAUACCGUUACCAAGCACAUACCAUACACGGUGGAAAAGAAAGUGCCCUAUGAAGUGAAAAUACCCGUGCCGGAACCAUAUUAUGUGGAGAAAAAGGUACCAGUACAUGUUAAGGAAUACGUCAAAGUACCAGUGCAUGUGCCAAAACCAUAUAUUGUGGAAAAGAAGGUACCAUAUGAAGUUAAAGUACCUGUUGACAAGCCCUACGAAGUUAAAGUACCAGUGCCACAACCCUACGAAGUUAUCAAGAAGAUCCCCUAUGAAGUGAAAGUGCCCGUACCACAACCCUACGAAGUGAUCAAGAAGAUCCCCUAUGAAGUGAAAGUUGAGGUACCAGUACCAAAACCAUAUGAGGUCAUCAAGAAGGUGCCCUAUGAGGUUAAGGUGCCCGUAGAGAAACCAUAUCCCGUUGAAGUUGAAAAACCAUACCCAGUCGAGGUUGAGAAACCCUACCCGGUGGUUGUGGAGAAGAAGGUACCCUACGAAGUGAAAGUGCCAGUCGACAAACCAUACAAAGUCGUAGUUGAGAAACCAUAUCCAGUACAUGUAAAGGUACCCGUGCCACAACCCUACACUGUGGAGAAGAAGGUACCAUACACAGUGGAGAAACCAGUACCGUAUGAAGUGAAAGUGCCCAUUGAGAAACCAUAUCCAGUCUACUCAGAGGUGAAGGUACCAGUACACAAAGAGAUACCCAUACCAGAGAAAUACCACGUCGAAGUGCCAAUCUUCCAUCACAAGGAAGAACAUCACGAUUAUCACCAUCACGAAUAAAUCGCUUCAAUGAAUCGCUUCAUUUUUUUUCGUAACGAGAAAUUUGAAAAACUGAACAAUGAGAAGGCUGAGUAGAUGUAUGCAAUAUAAUGAUAAAGUAUGAGUAUAGCGUAUGAACACGAGUUGAAACAAGGCAAACUAGAUGAGGACCACGGGAAAAGCUGAAAAAAAAAUAAUAUAAAAUUGUAGUAAAUUAAAAGUGAAAAACAAAAAAAAAACCGACGUUAUUCGAGGAAUGCCACCACAGAUCGCGAAUACAAAGUAGAAACAAGUAGGAAGAACCGAAGGAGCGGAAGUAAAAUAUUCGGAGAAGGAUGAAUAAA